GCAUAAACACAAACACGGGCAGUGUGUAAAAAUGAAGGCUUUUGAAGUUGGCAGGAGACUCUGUGCAUCCCUAUCGUUCCUUCUCAAACCCAAUGCUGCAAAUCCAACUCUCGUUUCGCUUUGCCCAUCUUCCCAUCACUCUCUUCUUAGCUCCGUGGUCAGCCUCUCAAGACCGCGGUGUCAAAGUCAAUGCUAUCCAUCUUCGGCCUGGCAAUGUAAUUGAAAAAUCGGGACGUGUCUACCAGGUAGUAGAAUCAGAGCAUAAGCAGCGAGGUAGAGGGGGUGCAAUGAUGCAGCUGGAGCUUCGUGAUGUUGACAAUGGAAACAAAGUAAGUUUACGGUUCGGCACUGAGGAGCCUGUUGAAAAAGUAUUUGUUGAGGAGAAGUCUUUCUCAUGUUUGUACACUGAAAAGAACACUGCAUUUCUGAUUGAGCCUGAGACAUUUGACCAACUGCAAGUACCAUUGGACUUAUUUGGAAAGUCUGCUGCAUACCUAAAAGAGGAAAUGAAAGUUAGAUUGCAGUUAUAUGAUGGAAGACCUUUGAGCGCAUCAGUUCCAAAGCGUGUAACAUGUACUAUUAAGGAAACACAAGCUCCAAUGAAGGGUAUUACAUCCACCCCUCGGUAUAAAAAGGCUUUGCUGGACAAUGGCCUCACUGUUCAAGUACCACCUUAUCUCGAAACAGGUGAAGAAAUAAUUAUCAGUACUGAAGAUGAUUCUUUCCUUGGCAGGGCAAACAAAUAGUACAUUUCAGCAGGAGCUUAAUAAUCUAGAAGAGAAUCAAGCCGGGUUACCGGCGGGUUGUUUAUUUAGAAAUUUUGUACUCAGAUUAUUUGAUUCAAUAAUAAGUUCAUGUAUAUUUUAUUUAAAGAAA